UGUUGCCAGCUAUUCAUAAUUCAUAAAUCGUCGUAUAUAAGUCUCCGGUUUAAGAAGUUUAACUCUAAUAAAGCCACCAUGCGAAAAAUGGUGUGAGCUAUCUACGGCCGCUAUACUCCAAAACGUACUCCGUCCCUACCGCCUUUUCCGCUAGCAAAAAUACGGCGGCGCCCGCAGUUUUCUCUGCGUUCGACAAAAACAAUGUUGUUCUCCGUGUUUCUCGCCCUCUUUCUGCCAUGCGUCGGCAUGUCCGUAGUGCUGGUGGUCUACUUCUGCUUGCUCUGGUACGCCGCCACAUACAACGCCGGCGGCGGCGGAAACGGCCAGUACGCGGUGAAGAGCACUCAGCAGACGGGUCUCUCCGCCACGCAGCUGGAGAAGCUGCCGAAAAUCACCGGGAAGGAUUUGGUUCUGGGGAACGAUUGCGCUGUUUGCUUGGACAAUAUCGGGAGCGACGAACCGGCUCGGCUGGUCCCCGGUUGCAACCACGGGUUCCAUUUAGAAUGCGCCGAUACGUGGCUGGCAAAGCACCCGGUUUGCCCGAUUUGCAGAACCAAGCUCGGACCGGAGCUCUUCGACCCGCCGGAAACUAACCCCUGCUGAGCUGACGGGUUUCAGUUCCUGUGGGCUGUGGAUAAGUUUCAGGUUAUGGGUAGUCCUAUUUUCUUUAUCUUUUAUCUUUAUUUCCGUUACUAGGAAACAAAAACCAAAAAAAAAAAAAAAAAAAACAGUAAAAGAAAAAAGACAAGAAGAUUUCGAGGGAGGAACACAUUUUUGCUUGGAAUUUUCUUUCUUUCUUGUAAAUUUGUUGAUUUUAAAAA